AUGAUCGUCAUCGAUCAUGGUGCACACCCCAAUAUCAAAGUCAUCCCACGUCGCCCUGACUUUUCCGCCGCCGAAAAAGCCGAGUACUCGGAUGGCUCCUUCAUCCGCACGUCUACGCCACGGACCGUUCCCAUGGUCACUCGACGGUUCUUCCGGCAGGCGCAGGUCGCGCACGACGUUUCGCAGCCAACGCACCUUUUCUUGGACCAAGGCGACGUAGGGAAGAACAAGAAGCGCCUUGCAGCCAGGCUCAGCCAAUACUCGUUUGAGGAGCAACACUGA